CCUUCUCUUGUGCGUGCGGGAGCGCGGCUUCAGGAAUAAAUUCAAGAUUCAUACCACUUUCACUUAUAAUAAAUACAUACAUACAUUCAGAACCUAGUGAGUGUGUGUAAAUGUGUGUGAGAGAGAGAGAGAUACACUGUGUGUGUCACGGGUUUAUCUUGAAAGGCUCUUAUUUCACAGUCCUAGACCAGACACACAGACACAUAUUCUCUCCUUCCUCUCUACAUAAUCGAGGCUACCCUGCCCUUCUUUCAUCUCUCUCCUCUCUCUCUCUAGAAGUUUUUAAAGUUCAAGAUUUGUACACACACACCGAACCCAUCUUCACCAACCCUGAAUCCAUCUCUCUUUCUCUCUCUAGAAUCAUUGUCUUAAACAAACAAGAAGUGGAGAGCACCAAUAAGAGUAAACUCGAAGAAACAAAGUUUUGAUUUAAAUGGCGAUGAUGUUGGACAACACAUGUGAUGGUGGGAUAUUAUUGUCAUUAGACUCACACAAAGCGGUUCCGGCACCAUUCUUAACAAAAACAUACCAGCUUGUUGAUGAUCCGGCAACCGAUCACAUCGUCUCGUGGGGCGAAGAUGAUACUACUUUUGUUGUCUGGCGGCCGCCGGAGUUUGCUCGUGAUCUGCUUCCGAACUACUUCAAACAUAACAACUUUUCCUCGUUUGUUCGUCAGCUUAACACCUACGGUUUUAGAAAAAUAGUACCGGAUAGAUGGGAGUUUGCAAAUGAAUUUUUCAAGAAAGGAGAGAAGCAUUUACUAUGUGAGAUCCACCGCCGGAAAACAUCACAACCACAAGUGGCAGUCAACCACCACCACCCCCACCCCUUCACCGGCAUUGGCGGUGGCAAUGGUUUCCAUAGUGGCACCGGUUUCUUUGCAUACCAAACAACACGAAGUAAUUCUCCACCAGAAUCCGACGACCAUUUAUGCUCACCCCUAUCCUCCCCCACCACCACCAACCCCACCACAACCACCGCCGCCGGAAUGCUUGGAAUCUUCAACAACGGACGUGGCAACUCCGUGACCGCGUUAUCCGAAGAUAACGAACGGCUACGGAGGAGCAAUAAUAUGUUAAUGUCCGAGCUUGCACACAUGAGGAAGCUUUACAAUGAUAUUAUAUACUUUGUACAAAACCAUGUGAAGCCGGUAACACCAAGUAAUUCAUAUCCUUCAUCUCUAUUAUAUUCCAACAAUUCAAAUGUGACCGGUUUGAUGCAAAAACAGCAGCAUGAUCAACAACAACAACCGUCUAAAGCACAACAUGUUCAUUCGAUAACAAUGAACAAUGUGGUUGAUGAUGUUCAUGUUAGUAGAUCAACAAAGCUGUUUGGAGUGCCGUUGUUGUCGAAGAAGAGGUUGCAUCCGGAGUAUGGGAAUAAUAAUAAUAAUGCAAUGGUGGAGACUCAUAAAGCAAGGUUGGUUCUUGAAAAUGAUGAUUUAGGGUUGAAUCUUAUGCCCCCUUCUCCUUGUUAACUUUUGUUCAUGUUUUUAGAAAGAACCCAUUGAUCAAGACAUCUUGUUUAGCUUAGUUAAACAAUAUUAUUUACUACUCCACUAUUUA